CCAAAGAUCACUUCCCUCCUUCCCAACUUCUUUCCUUCUUUAUCUUAAAAGGAUCCCCGUCGUACUUGGAAGUGGGCUUUCUCACGCUCCCUUGGUUGGUGGUGUUCAGAGAUGGGCAUCUUCUCGCUUGUGACGGGGUGGCCGGGGUCCAGCGGGUUCGGAUCCGCUUCCACUGCGGAGCAGGUUGCCGAGGGGAUCGACGCCGGCAAUCUCACUGCCAUCAUCACCGGAGGAGCAAGUGGGAUUGGCGCAGAGACUGCGAGAGUCUUCGCACUUCGGGGAGCCCAUGUCAUCAUUGCUGCAAGGAACAUGGAGGCUGCAAAUGAUACGAAGCAGUUUAUCCUCAAAAGUAAUCCCGCAGCUAGGGUGGACACUUUGAAGCUGGAUCUUAGCUCAUUAAAGUCCGUGCGAUCAUUUGCAGAUAAAUUCAUAUCUAUGGAUCUUCCUCUUAACAUCUUAAUAAACAAUGCAGGUAUUAUGUUCUGUCCAUACCAACUAUCAGAGGAUGGAAUAGAGAUGCAAUUUGCCACCAAUCAUCUUGGUCACUUUUUGUUGACCAACCUCCUUCUUGAGAAGAUGAAAAGCACGGCAAGGAAGAUGGGGAUUGAGGGUCGCAUUGUAAAUCUGUCAUCUAUUGCGCACCUUCAUUCAUAUGAUGAAGGAAUACGGUUCGAUAAUCUUAGUGACACAGAUGGAUACUCUGAUAAAAAAGCUUAUGGGCAAUCAAAAUUGGCAAACAUAUUGCACGCUAAUGAGCUAUCAAGACGCUUGCAGGAAGAAGGUGCAAAUAUUACUGUAAAUUCUGUCCAUCCGGGUUUGAUCGUGACGGCUCUGUGGAGGCAUUCUUUUCUUCUGAUGAGGAUUCUGAAACUAUUCACUGGCAUUUUUUGGAAGAAUGUGCCACAGGGAGCAGCUACUACAUGCUAUGUUGCAUUGCAUCCGAGUAUCAAGGGUGUGACAGGGAAGUAUUUCUUUGAUUGCAAUGAGGAGAAGCCAGGAAUGAUGGCCAGAGAAGAAAACUUGGGCAAAAGGCUCUGGGACUUCAGUGAAAAGCUGAUUAAAUCAGCUCAGUAAGACCUAGUAAGAUCAGAACCAAGAAUCCGCAAGAUCACAAGAAUCUAGCACCACAGACAUUAUUCUCUCCCCUUUACCCUUUGUAUGAUGGGUGCCUCUUUAAAAAAUUUGUUGUAGUUCCUGGGGCUCUGCACGUUAGCGCAAACUUUUGGUGCAGCAUUCGUUUUCGUCGCCGAACUUUAGUUCAUCCGCACACUACCGCUGAUUCUCUGGAACCAGAAUUUGCAAUACUUCGAAAUGACCGGUUUUGGGUUUAGAUUAUGAUUCACUGUUGCCUUUGAGGCAUUAACUAAUCAGGCACCAUCGUUUAUAUAUGUGAAACUCAUUGUUGAUGCCCUUUUUUGGGGGGUAAAUGAGAUAAAAUUAAACCAAUUUAAA